GUUUUCAAUUGCAUUAGAAACAGAGAGUUUAAAGAAGUGAUCUCAAUAAUAAUGGAGGGAAAGGAGGAAGAUGUCCGAUUGGGAGCCAACAGAUUCACUGAGAGGCAGCCGAUUGGGACAGCAGCACAGAGCCAAGACGACGGCAAGGACUACCAAGAGCCUCCGCCGGCGCCUCUGUUCGAGCCGGACGAGCUCACUUCAUGGUCCUUCUACAGAGCCGGAAUUGCCGAGUUUUUCGCCACUUUCCUCUUCCUCUACAUCACUGUUUUGACUGUCAUGGGCGUCGUCCGGUCCAACGAAAUCAACGGCAAUACCUGUAAGACUGUCGGGAUUCAGGGGAUUGCUUGGGCUUUUGGUGGUAUGAUUUUUGCUCUGGUUUACUGUACUGCUGGAAUCUCCGGUGGCCACAUUAACCCGGCGGUGACUUUCGGGCUAUUUCUGGCGAGGAAGCUGUCGUUGACAAGAGCGAUUUUCUACAUGGUGAUGCAGUGCCUAGGAGCCAUCUGCGGGGCCGGUGUGGUGAAGGGAUUCCAACCCAAUCCCUACAACAGGCUCGGCGGUGGAGCUAACAUGGUGAGCAAGGGGUACACCAAAGGGGACGGCCUUGGCGCUGAGAUUGUGGGCACAUUUAUCCUUGUUUACACCGUCUUCUCCGCCACUGACGCCAAACGUAGCGCCAGAGACUCUCAUGUUCCAAUUUUGGCGCCGCUACCAAUUGGGUUCGCAGUGUUCCUAGUCCACUUGGCCACCAUCCCGAUCACCGGCACCGGCAUUAACCCUGCCCGGAGUUUGGGAGCCGCCAUCAUCUACAACAACGAGAAAGCCUGGGAUGACCACUGGAUUUUCUGGGUGGGACCAUUCAUCGGCGCAGCAUUGGCAGCUUUAUACCAUCAAGUGGUGAUCAGAGCCAUUCCCUUUAAAUCCAAGUGAAUAUCUUCACACUAUAAUUAAUGCUCGUGUUCUAUUCAGUAUUCAUCGUGAGAAAAAACAAAAUCCAAAUCCCUAUUAUCCAAUUUCAUAUCCGACUAACAGUUCCAAUCUUAAAUAUGCCUACCUCUCUACGCUCUUAUUAUAUUGUUGCCUCUUUUGUAUCAAAUUAAGUGUUAAUGUAAUGAAUUAAAUGUCCAUACAUUUAUUUGUGAUGGGCGAU